CUCUGCUUAGGUUCAACGAACACAAGGCUGUGCAGUUAGUGACAUAUAAUUAUAACUCGCUCGUUGUCACACCUUUCUCUAGCUCAGGCACUAGCAGGGGAGACAGUCCGCUCACACAUAGUGUGCAUCGAGGCACCUCCUACAUUAAAGGGGUAUAUGUAGGAUACAUGGUACGCUACAAGAUGGAGUGUUUUCUUUUCUUUUUGUUUCGGUUGUGUUUUCUUCUCCGUAAAAGCGGGUAUACAGCCCAGAAAUCGCUGCCGGAGACGGAUUAUUCUUCCGAACAGAUAAGAUGAACUCUCUUGGAACCCCUGCCCUGUUGGCUCUCUUGGCUGCCUUUAGCAUUGUUCAGGGGGCCAACUUAGCACUGGGUCAGCAUUCCCAAGCCUUGGAAUUCCCACAGGCCCGACGGCUUACUGCAGCCAGUCUGCCCCCCAGUCUCAGAGUACGAGAGAUCGAAACAUUCGCUCUGAAGAGAGAAGCAAGUUUCGACUUUAUCCACGAAACUCCGGAAGAUGGCACGGAAUAUGUCUUCGCUACUACUCUCAACGUGGCAUCUCAACACCCGAUCCUUGCCCUCGAGGCUUUAGAUGCCGACAUAAAUGAUAUGUCAUGCUCGGAGUCAAAGAUCCAGCUGUCCAUCGGCUCGUCUACUCGGACGGAAGCCCUAAAACAGGAACUUGAGGCGGUAUCGGAUUUUGUAGUUGUCACCUCCCAUGAAGGUUGUGACUCGGAAGGGGAACGGUCCAUCCAUCGUGUGACGAAGACAACUGUCGAUCUUGCUCGUCAAGUAUUCACCCUGGAGAAAGUCAAAAGCGAUUGGCACGAUGCAAGUCAUUCCACGAGCGUGUCUUUCUCCCACAGGCAUCGAUCAAGGAUCCAGAAACGUACAUAUACCUUGCAUCAGAAACGACAGCAGGAUUCAACGGGUGCGCCGACAACCACAAAGGUGGUAGGGGAAGGUUCUGCACCUUCCAUCUCUUUUCCAGCGGCUCCCACUGCAACAACGGGACUGCCUUCGACUGCGACAAAAUCGCUCGACAAGCACUAUAUCGACCAGAAGAUAUUUCCGCCAGAUACUCCUGCCGCUGACAUGUUCAUACCGCAAGGCGUGACAGUGACCUGCAAAAACUGUACGCUCCAGGGUGAUAUCGAGAUAACCCGAGGCUCGUUCAACAUCUCUGGGAACACGAUUAAGGACACCAUCGCCUUUUUUGAUGACGGUGCACUUGAAAUCAUAUCAAAUGGCCUCUACGCGCAGAUUGAACUUGGUCUUGACCUUUCAUUGAGUCAAUCUUUGGCUUCCCUCAACAUAUCUCUCCCUACGAUUCCUCUCACCCCAUUUGAGGUAGGCAUCCGGGCACAAGGUGAUAUCAUGCUUUAG